AUGGAGAUGAAGUCCAUACCUGAUCUGAGCUCUUCUCUUGACCAAGUCAUCGCAACGAAGGUUUUGGGAACAGUAAAAUGGUUCAAUGUAAGGAACGGAUACGGUUUCAUCAACAGGAAUGACACCAAGGAAGACGUAUUUGUACACCAGACUGCCAUAAAGAAGAAUAACCCCAGGAAGCACCUUCGCAGUGUAGGAGAUGGAGAGACUGUGGAGUUUGAUGUUGUUGAAGGAGAAAAGGGUGCGGAGGCAGCAAAUGUUACAGGCCCUGGUGGAGUUCCAGUUCAAGGCAGUAAAUACGCAGCAGACCGUAACCAUUAUAGACGCUAUCCACGUCGUAGGGGUCCUCCACGCAAUUACCAGCAAAAUUACCAGAACAGUGAGAGUGGGGAAAAGAACGAGGGAUCGGAAAGCGCUCCUGAAGGCCAAGCCCAACAACGCCGGCCCUAUCGCAGGCGAAGGUUCCCACCUUACUACUUGAGAAGACCCUAUGGGCGUCGACCACAGUAUUCCAACCCUCCUGUGCAAGGAGAAGUGAUAGAGGGUGCUGACAACCAAGGUGCAGGAGAGCAAGGUAGACCAGUGAGACAGAAUAUGUAUCGGGGUUACAGACCACGAUUCCGCAGGGGCCCUCCUCGCCAAAGACAGCCUAGAGAGGAUGGCAAUGAAGAGGACAAGGAAAAUCAAGGAGACGAGACCCAAGGUCAGCAGCCACCUCAACGUCGGUACCGCCGCAACUUCAAUUACCGACGCAGACGCCCAGAGCACCCUAAACCACAAGAUGGCAAAGAGACAAAAGCAGCCUAUCCACCAGCUGAGAAUUCGUCCGCUCCCGAGGCUGAGCAGGGCGGGGCUGAGUAAAUGCCGGCUUACCAUCCCUACCAUCAUCCGGUUUGGUCACCCAACAAGAAGAAAUGAUAUGAAAUUCCAGCAGUAAGAAAUGAACAAAGAUUGGAGCUGAAGACCUUAAGCGCUUGCUUUUUGCCCGUUGACCAGAUACACUAGAACUAUCUGCAUUAUCUAUGCAGCAUGGGGUUUUUAUUAUUUUUACCUAAAGAUGUCUCUUUUUGGUAAUGACAAAUGUGUUUU